AUGAUACAAUUUGAAGAAAAUGCAACCGGAGUAAAUAGAUUUAAAAAUAGAGGUGGUCAAUUGCUGCAAGAAGAAAAAGAACGCAAUAAACUCUCUAAAGUAAUACCUCAACUGGAAGAACAAAUGUUGAAUCUGUCUGGAGCGUUUUUGGACCGUAAAACUAAGCUGAGCGCUCGGAAAUUGCAACGUUGUGAAACAACUCUUCGCACUCCAGGUAAAUCUUGUAUGAGCCUAUUUCCACCAUCCACCAGUAAGUGUACUACAGUUAAGUUACCCCAAAAACGAUUGCGUCCGCUUCCAAAAAGAAGAUAUUUGCCACGCCUACUACGGAGAAUACUGCAAAGAGGCCUAAGGCAACACCUGCGACUGUUGGUUCGAAAACGAAAGGCACGCCAAGAGUGA